AUGACUGAAGCACAAGUUGGACUUCUAAUAAAAGCGGCUUCUAUAUUAUCUCAAAAUGAAAAUGAUGACACUAGUCAAAUAUUAAAAAGUUAUUACUUGACACGAUGUAAACUAAUAACUAAAGGCUUUGGUUUACCUAAAAAGCAAUUUUCGGAUCAAGUACGAUGUUCUCGAUGCUGUAUCGAAUGGAAUAUUGAAACAAAAGUGAAGUUAAAACCAAUAAAAUUAAGUAAAAGACAAAGGAGAAGAAUAAAAUCUCAAGCCAAACUUCCAGAUUCAAAGAACCAAACACAUUUGUUACACAGUAACGAAUUGAUAAGAACAUGUUCAUUUUGUGGUAGAAAUACAAAAAGUUUAUUGCCAAAACCUAAUAAUUCAAAAAUAAACCUAAUAACAGAAGAGAAAAACAUAAGUAACUCAAAUAAUGUUAAAAUACAAAAGAAACAGACUGUAAAAAAGAAUAAUAAUUCUAUAAAUCAAGAGUUCCAAUCAAAUGUUUACUGUGAAUCAAAACUUGCCUUCUCUUUGAAUCUGAAGAAAAAUACUAUUCACACUUCCAUAAAGCAAAAACCUAAAAUAAUAAAAAACAAUAAGAAGAAAAAAGAUAAAUUUGCUGGACUGUGUCAGAAGGCAGUAGUUGCAGCAACACAAUUAAAACAAGUGAAAGAAAAUAAACUAAAUUUAUUUUUGAAACCAUCAAUCUCA